AUGGGGUGUGGGGGAGGGCACAGAAGGGGUGGGGAGAGGGAAGGAGAGUGCAUGCGGAAGGCGGGGAAAGUAGGGAGGCCCGGGGGCAGCAGUGGCCAAGGAGGGAUCAAGAACGGUGUUGCUGGGUUCGAGAUCUGGCUUGGGGAGAGUCGAGACUAUAGGGGAUUCUCAAUAUUUCAAUACGGCCCCUGCGAUCUGCUGUCCAUCGAUACCCCUGGGGAUAAUUUAUGGGUUGGGGGUCCAGGAUUCUCUAUAAUCCCUAACAUGCUCGCAGUCCACGAGAAGUCGGAUGACCUGGAAGAGCUGGGACAUACGCAGUCAUCUAAUUCUCCAGAACUUUUUUCAAAAUCUUACCCUCCAGAUGGCGGGUUUUGGGCAUGGGCAACUGCUUUCGGAUAUGUGUCAUCUUUUGGAGUCUAUCAAGAUUUUUACACACGAAUUUAUCUGACCAACAAUUCACCGUCUGCAAUAUCAUGGAUCGGUGCAUUGACCUCGUUCCUCGCAGACAAUGUCACUUUAAUCUCAGGUCCAUUGUACGACAGAGGGUGGUUCUACCAAUUGAUGAUUGUCGGGUCGUUCGCUUCAAUCACUGUCCUUGUUCAUGUUAUCCUUCGCAAAGCCUGGUCAGUUCUACUUGGUGUCCUUUCUGGGAUUGGGAUGGGCCUGACAUAUGGUCCAUGCAUGGCAGUCAUCUCUCAGCACUUCUCCAAAAGACGCACAUUGGUCAUGUCUCUCGUCGCAUCCGGUUCACCACUUGGCGCCUUGAUUCAUCCGAUCAUGCUCAAUCAUCUUUUGAACGGUAAUGUUGGCUUUGCGAGAGGCACCCGUGCCAGUGCGGGUUUUGUCAGUGGUCUUUUAUUGAUAGCCUGCUUGUCCAUGCGCACGAGAGCACUGUCGACGUUGACACAGACUGCCAGCUAUAGUGCAGUUGCACGGAAAUGCUCUCGCGACGUUCCUUUCAUCCUCAUAACCGCUGGGUCAACGCUAUUUCAGAUCGGGUAUUAUUUCCCUAUAUUUUACUUACAACUGGACUCUAUCAAACAUGGGAUUGAUGUCAAUUUCUCGUUCUACUCCCUUGUGAUAACGAAUGCUGCCUGUGCCAUCGGACGCUGCACGGCAGGAAUAAUUGCAGAGUAUACGGGGGCGCUGAACUUGACGAUCGCAUCCACUGUCGCAUGCAGCGCCCUCAUCAUAUCCAUGAUAGCUCUGAGUGAUAUAACCAGUGUGGUUGUGUUGGGACUUGCAUAUGGUUACUUUUCUGGAGUUUACGUCGCGGUGUUGGUCCCAUUGGUGACGGUGCUUACGCCCGACUUGUCCGAGCUAGGGGCGCGAUUCGGCAUAUGUUUUGCUUUCACUGAACUCCUGAUAGAGCGCGAAUGGUCAGCCUUUAGUGGAUUACUUGGCGGGCCAAUAUCGGGAGCUUUGCUUUCAUCUCAGUAUAGGUGGUGGACACCGUCGCUCUUCAGUGGGAUUUUUAUCCACCAUGAUGAGCUCAUCUCUCUGGUCGGAAGCUCGAUGUUUGUUGUAGUGCGCUUGUUGGUAUACCGCCGACGAUAA